AUGACGCAGGCCGUUAAGAGAGCCUGCGACGCGUGUCACCGUCGCAAGGUCAAGUGUGACGGCAUCAACCCGUGCCGAAACUGCUCCUCCGCGCAACUGGCCUGCACAUACAAUGCCGUCCCCCAGAAGAAGGGUCCAAAGGGCUCCCGCGCCAAAGUCAUCAGUGAACUGCGGGAGUCGCAGCGGCAGACGAGUUUGGCGACCAAAGUUCACAACCGCAUAAACGGCAUCCCUAGUCCGCCCGAUCCUCCCGGAGGCGCGCCGACCCCCGGUAUGCUCGCUCCCGAGGUCGUCAAUGAGUGCGUCGAGUUUUACUUCGCGAAUCUCUACGACAAGGGCCCCAUCCUCGACCGCCGUCAUAUCGAUCAGCAAGCGCCGUUUGUGGAGAAGAACCGAGACUCGUACUGCCUCCUGGCUUCGCUAUGUGCCUUUAUGAUGCUGCAGCCGGGCAUGGCUCUCCCUCCGAGCGACUCGUACGGCCUUGAAAUGGUCCCCGGCGCUACCAUGGUCGCCAGUCAACUGCUCCUGGAGGAAUGCCUGCGUGUCCGCAAGGGGUAUGAGUAUCUCGAUAACCCGAGCUUGCAUACGUUGGCCACGAGCUUCUUCAUCCAGGCCUGCUACCACGCCCUCGAACUACACAACAAGGCUUGGUUCUAUCUUCGUGAGGCUACUACUAUGCUUCACAUGAACGGACUGAACAAGGAGGAGACGUACUCCCAGUGGGAUGCCACUGAAUCUUCUAGGAGAAGACGUCUUUAUUGGCUGUUCUUCGUUCUUGAAAGAGCCCAUGCCAUCCAGUGGCAACGACCAUUAACGCUCCAAGCCACCAUCAAGCCACCCUCCGUUUCGGAUGACCCUACUGAUUCUCAGGCCCCUCAACUGAACAGCUUUGUCAUGCUGGUCAAACUCUUCCACUCUUUCGAUGAUUCGUUUACCGGCGUCUGGAACAAGACGCGGAACAACCAGUCUAGCGGGCACACAGCGGCUCUGCAGAAGCAGUUGAACGAGAUAAUACCUACCUUCCAUUGCCAGGAUGGCCAGCUAGCCGACCUGCAGACCAACCAGCAGUGGAUCAAGACGACGCACUGGCAGCUGACGAACGGUAGCAUUGGCUCCCACAACGGUGACGGUAUCCACUGGCAGUGCCCGCGGGACCUCUCGCAUGAGCUCCUGAUGAAAUUUGCCACUCAAUUCCCCGGUCAAGGGAUGGAACUGUUAGGCUCCGGGCUGAUUGAGAAAUUAUUUGACGUUGGGUCUCACAUGACAGAGUACCUUGCCAAUCAGCCAGCAUCGCGAGAUCCGUUUACGCUCGGCCCCCGAGAGCACCUGAGCCAACUUCUCAACGUGGUCGGCAUGCUGCGCCACGGACACCACCAUUUUCUUCCGUUGUUUUUCAGCAAAGUUCACCAAAUGCUUCCUCGACUCACCAAUCCGAUGCUGGAAAACGCGCCGGACAACUGCCCGCUCGGCAACAUGGACAUUUUCGACGGGUUCGGAAACGCUGGCAUGGCGCAACCACCGCCUCAGAUGCAAAUGCAGAUGGAUUCGGAGUACGAGCGAAAGUUUCCUGUGGCGGAAUACGAGAAGAGCUUCGAGAUGAGCAGCAGCGGAAGCGACGGGAGCAUACAAACGCCUCCGGCCGCCGCGUCCCUCCCUCCUGCUCCGCCGCCGCCGUCGUCGAGCGCCACGGAUAUGGGCUCUCCUUUUGUCAGCUCGCCCGGCAUCAUGUCUCCUGGAGUGGAGUUCCCUCGCCAAAACCUCGGCGACUUCUGUGGUCCCAUGUCUGAUAUAGUGAUGAGCCCAAUAUCAACAGGGCCCGGCUCGUCGAUGAAUGCGUCCAACCAACACCCACACCAUCCGCACCACGUCAUGCAAAACCAGUACCUGAACUCUCCGCAGGUGUCCUCGAGCAUGGGCCACCCUCAUGCCCGCUCCCACGGACACGGCCACUCCCACGGUCACGGUCACGGUCACGGUCAUGGCAGCAUACAACCAGCAGGACAAGGCAUGGGGUAUAAUGGACCAUCGACUGCAAACCAAGGCGGUUUGAACACUGCAUCCAUGCCGUCUGGUCAUUCCAUGUCGCAGACGAUGUCCAACGGGGGCAACGCAAUGGUGGGGCAAAUGCCGCGGCAAGCACCGCAAAGGACCAGCAGUUUUGCAAUAGCGCAACAGACGCAGAUUCCCAAGACGGUGGGCGAUUUCCAUGCACUUCAGCGAUCCAACACGGGCGACCUUGGUGCUAUGUCGGGGAUGGGAGGUCCUGACAUGGACUUUGGCGGCAUGAGGUAG